AUGGCAGCACCGGCUAAAUCAAGAGAGAAAGACCCUGUGAAUAUAGUUCACCAAAAUGCCAUUCAUGCAGAGACGAUUAUGAAGGAGCAGAGGAGUCAAAAACUUUAUACCAAGUUCAGCAUAAAUCCUUACAAAAAACUUCAUGUAUUGACGGAUAAGCCGAUGUCGGGGAACACGCACGAACAAGCAGAGGAAGACCACUCUUUCCUCAAAUCCAUCCACGGGGCACGUUUGGAGCCAACAAAGAAAUACACCCAUCCACACACCGAGGCUCAAGAAAUAGGCUGGAUAUCGACACCACUGGUCGUCUCGGAUCGCAACGACCGAAGGCUCCACUUUCCAAGGCAGAACUCGGACAUCACCAAAUACAUGGACGCAGCAUGGCGCCUAAAAGAACAAACCCAGAACCUCGGCUGA